GCGUUGCAGCUCUUUGAGUCCCAUGCAGGGCAUCUUGGCCCACAACUCUUCAGUAAGUUUGCACUGCCCUACAUCCGUGAUGUGGCCAAGCGAGUGAAAGCCGGGCUGCAGGAGGCAGGCCUGGCACCAGUGCCCAUGAUCAUCUUUGCUAAGGACGGACAUUUUGCCCUGGAGGAGCUGGCCCAGGCUGGCUACGAGGUAGUUGGGCUUGACUGGACAGUGGCCCCAGAGAAAGCCCGGGACUGCGUGGGAAAGACGGUGACCCUGCAGGGCAACCUGGACCCCUGUGCCUUAUAUGCAUCUGAGGAGGAGAUUGGGCAGUUGGUGCAGCAGAUGCUGAAUGACUUUGGGCCGCGGCGCUACAUUGCCAACCUGGGCCACGGACUUUACCCUGACAUGGACCCAGAACAUGUGGGAGCCUUUGUGGAUGCCGUGCACAAACACUCACGUCUGCUUCGACAGAAUUGA